AUGAAGAUACAAUGCAAAUCGAUGAUAAAUUUGAUACUCUUAAUAAAGAAAUCAUAGAAGGAUUAAAACUAUUACAUUUAAAAUCCUUAUAUAAUUUCACAGAAUCUGCAUAUGAUGAUAUAUUAAAUAUAUUUACAGCAAACAAUAUAAGUCUAUAUAAAAUUAAAAAAUAUUUAAAAGAAAUAACGGGAUUAAUUCCAGCAUUUUAUGACAUGUGUGAAAAUUCUUGUAUCUGUUAUACUGGACAAUAUGAAUCUUAUAGAAUUUGUCCAAUAUGUAAUUCAACUAGAUUAGAUACCAGAGGUAAAGCAAAAAAGAUUAUGCCAUAUCUUUCAGUAAAAGACAGAUUAAAAUUACAAUUUAAUGAUGCAAAUAGAGCAAAAGAAUUAUAUUAUCGUCAUCAAUAUCUUAUAAAUAAAAAUGAUGAUGAUUUAGAUGAUAUAUUUGAUGGAAAAAUUUACAAAGAACUUGUAAAUGAAAACUUAUUUGAUGAUGAAAGAGAUGUUGCUUUUACAGCUUCUU